AUGUCAAAUUGGUGCAAAAGUUCCCCAUGUGUCAAUGGUAGAUGCGAAAACAUAAAAAACGGAUACAUAUGUAAAUGCCAAAAAGAGUUCACAGGACGAAUAUGUGAAAAACAUCGUUGUAAUGGUUUUCCAAGCUGGACACUGUAUGGGAACAGCUGCUUUAACUGUAGAGGAGAUAAAAGAACUUGGCAAAAUGCCAGAGCAGACUGUCAUCUAGAAGGGGCGGAUCUUGUGUCUAUUACAAAUGCGGGCAUUCAGGGCUUCGUGCAAAAUUUUUGCUCAUUUCAACAAAGCUGGAUCGGGUUUAACGAUAUACAGAGAGAGAAUAAUUUCAUAUGGCUUGAUGGUUCUAAGUUGGGCAGCUUUACGAACUGGAACCCUGGUGAACCCAACGAUAUGAAUGGGGAAGAUUGCACCAUCAUGUUUGGUACCAAUGGUCUAUGGAAUGAUAUGGACUGUUCAGCAAACUUGACAUACAUGUGCCAGAAAAGUGCCGACCUUGAUGACUGUCUGUCUUCACCUUGUAAAAAUGGUACCUGUGUUGAUCUUUUCGGAACCUACCAAUGUAUUUGUCAACCCGACUUCACAGGGAACAAUUGUGAUAUAGAUAUAAAUGAAUGCCAAAGCUCCCCAUGUCUCCAUGGCAACUGUACAGACCAUGUAAACAAAUAUGAAUGCAGUUGUUACCCUGGAUACACUGGAACUAAUUGUGCAACAGAUAUUGAUGAAUGUUCAAGCUCCCCAUGCCUUCACGGUUCUUGCAUCGACCAGGUUAAUGCGUAUAGUUGCAUAUGUCAACAGGUUUACACUGGAACCAACUGUCAGAUAGAUGUCAACGAAUGCAUCAGUUCUCCGUGUUCUCAUGGCCAGUGUGUGGAUAAAAUUAACUCCUUCACAUGUGACUGCUGGUUUGGAUAUGAAGGGACGAUUUGUGAAGAAUAUACUGACGAAUGUUUGUCUUCACCAUGUGGAAAUGGUACCUGUGUUGAUCUUUUCGGAACUUACAAAUGCAUUUGCGAAGCUGAGUUCACAGGAAACAACUGUGAUAAAGACAUGAAUGAGUGUCGGAGUUCUCCCUGUGUUCAUGGAUCUUGUGUAAACCUUAUCAACGGAUUUGAGUGCCAUUGCCAACCAGGAUUUACUGGCAAAAGAUGUGAACACGAUAUAGAUGAAUGUUCAAGUUCCCCUUGCCUCCAAGGCACUUGUAUUGACCUAGUCAAUGCCUAUAAGUGUGUAUGUCGACAAGGUUACAGUGGAACAAACUGUGAGAAAGGUAGGCUUCAAAUGAUCCGAUUUACCAAACAGUUUAGUUUUUCACAAAACAUUUCUUUUUCAGAUAUAGAUGAAUGUUCAAGUUCCCCUUGCCUCCAAGGCACUUGUAUUGACCUAGCCAAUGCCUAUAAGUGUGUAUGUCGACAAGGUUACAGUGGAACAAACUGUGAGAUAGGUAGACUUCAAAUGAUCCGAUAAACCACGCAAUGUUUCUCUAUUGCCAACAAGUUUAGAUUAAGAACCCUAU